AAAAGAAAACUGAAGGAAAAGACGGACUCGAGCCUACUAUGGAUGGUACAAGUGGUGAAUUAUCUUUUGCUUAAAGAAAAAAGACUCAUCUUAUUGAUGCUUGUGAGGAGACACAGGCUGCAAGUUCUGAUACAACAGAAGCAGAAAUGGAAGAGGUGGUACAAAACAUGGAUGUUCAAAUACAAAGUUAGACUAAAGCAAGCGCAAGUCCUGCUAUUACAUGUCGUGAUCCCUCUUGAGAGAAGUUCUUGCUCUGUUUGGCACCGCUGGAGGAGUAAGGAUGACUCCACUUAUCCUUCUGAGAUGGUUUGUGCAGUAGAGUGGCAGAAAGGUAUAGAGAUUGAAGCUGGAGCGUUCAAGACAUAUAUACUGCCGACGCGGUUCUCAAGCUAGAGAGAUUGAUUCCGUCGAGCCAUGAACUUAGUCUGGGGCUGAGCUCACAGCUUUUGAUUCAGCUCGCCAUGGAAGGUGACUACAGUCUCCCGCUGUUGUUGACAUUUAAACAAACCACAAGUUGAAAGGCUAUGUGGAGAUGAUGGUUACUGAAGCUGAGGAUUUUUUCUCGAAAUGGGGAGAGAGUGGGGAAGUGGAUUUAAAGACCGAGAUAGAGCGUCUCAUCAUCUUAACCGCAAGCAGAUGCUUACUAGGUCGUGAAGUUCGUGACCAGCUUUUUGAUGACGUGUCCGCUUUGUUCCAUGACCUUGACAACGGCAUGCUUCCCAUCAGUGUUCUCUUCCCCUACCUCCCAAUUCCAGCUCACCGUCGCCGCGACCGUGCACGUGAAAAGCUCUCCGAGAUCUUCUCAAAGAUCAUUGGGUCGAGAAAACGCUCCGGGAAAUGCGAGAACGACAUGUUGCAGUGCUUCAUCGAGUCGAAGUACAAGGACGGGAGGCAGACGACGGAGUCCGAGGUCACCGGUCUGCUCAUCGCUGCUCUCUUUGCAGGACAGCACACGAGCUCCAUCACUUCCACGUGGACUGGUGCGUACCUGAUGAAGUACAAAGAGUACUUCUCAGCUGCUUUGGAUGAGCAGAGGAAGCUGAUGGAGAAACACGGAGACAAGAUCGAUCACGACAUCUUGUCCGAGAUGGAUGUGCUCUACCGUUGCAUCAAGGAAGCGUUGAGGCUUCACCCUCCGUUGAUCAUGCUCAUGAGAGCCUCCCACUGUGACUUCAGCGUGACGGCUCGUGAUGGAAAGACCUAUGACAUCCCGAAGGGUCAUAUCGUUGCGACCUCGCCUGCGUUCGCCAACCGCUUGCCGCAUAUCUUCAAUGACCCGGACAGCUAUGAUCCGGAUAGAUUCUCUCCUGGAAGAGAAGAGGACAAAGCCGCAGGAGCGUUUUCGUACAUCUCGUUCGGUGGAGGUAGGCACGGGUGUCUUGGAGAGCCCUUUGCUUACCUGCAGAUCAAAGCCAUAAGGAGUCAUUUGCUGAGGAACUUUGAGCUUGAGUUGGUUUCACCGUUCCCUGAGAUCGACUGGAACGCUAUGGUUGUUGGCGUUAAAGGCAGUGUCAUGGUGCGUUACAAGCGUCGACAACUGUCUUAAAAAGACAGGGUUUAAGGUUGUAUUGCAACUUUGCUUUUGUCCCUCUCUGGUUUUAGUAUUGCUGUUGGUUUGUUCUUCUGCUUCUUUACCUGUUUUUUUUUCCCUUUAAUUGACUCUUGAUUUCUAGCUUUCUAAGUUUGUUGUUUCUGAGAAUGUUCUAAUUCCAAUGGAGAUUUGAUGCAAAACUUGUUUAGUUUA